UCCGACCGGGGGCUCAUUUUCAAGAUUUGGUCGCUCCGGUAACUUUCCCGGAAAAUUUCUCCCCGUCGGCGAGACGAGAGAGAGAGAGAGAGAGAGAGGGAGAGAGAGAUGGACGGAAAGCUGGAAGUCUCCAUCGACAAGCUCCCCGUCAAGCGCUUGGAUCACAUCGAAGAGAACGGCGCCGAGAAAUACCCUGCUGAUGUGAGUUAUGAGGAGAAGAGGCUUUCUUUGAUUCGGAGGAUUGAUUUCGCGUGGGCAGUGGAGAAGGAUGACAAGAAGAAGGAGAAGAAGAGUGCAAAAGAGAGCUCGACUCCCUGGCAGUGGCAGAGCAUGGUUGAGAACUUGCAGUUGGCGCAUCAGGAGCUCUCUGUCAUUAUAGAUCUCAUUAACACUGUGGAGGCAAAUGAUGCUGUUACGGUGGCUAGCAUUACCAGGCCAAAGCCAUUACCUCACGAGCACUUAUCUGAUCUAGCUGUAUCUGCUGCUACCAAGCUGCAGUGCUUUCGGCAUCUUGGGAAAUAUUUCAAGCAGUCUGCCAAGGCUUUGGACCAACAGGUUGCCAAAGAAGCAAGAUUUUAUGGCGCUCUCAUCAGAUUGCAGCAAAACUGGAAGGUUAAAAGACAGCGUGUGGCAGCCACUGCACCGAGCAGCGAGGGCUUCACAAUUGACCUGUUUGACAAUUCAAUUUAUGAUCCUGCAUCUAUUGUUCGUCCAUCAUCUAUAUCUACUGUGCUUGUUGAGCGCGACUCGGCUGGCAAGUUGGCUAUAUGUGUACCUCCAAAAUCAAGCCGUUCACUUCAUUUUACCUUUCUCGGGAUACAACCAAAUACUAUUCAAGGGGAAUCUUGCAAACUCAACCCUGAGCCUUUAAGAGAAAGCGAGGAUGGACCUGCUGGUGAUGAUGAAAGUGUCAAGAAAACACAUUCAAUGCUCCGUGAAGUCCAUCGGGCAAUUUUUGAUGAGCAGGUCUUUGAUUUAGUGAACCGUGAAGCAUUUAACCCUUCAGUUGGAGUGAAUGUAACCGGCAUACAAGAAAAUCGUUUGCAGCUGAGCUUAGGCCAGGGAACAUCUGUGUCCAUCUCAUUGGAGUUGUCUUCUCUAGAUGAUCAAUCUUCUGAAAGGCUGGACAGGCAGAACUUUGAAACCGCAGCUUUAUGCUCUGAUUUGUUGAAUGGGGUUAAGCCUGAAGAAGGAAAACCCGAUUCCUUGAAAAAGAAGAUUCCGAAUCGUGCAUGUUAUGAGGUUUAUCUCCAACAGAUUUUUCAUGAGCAUGUUUUCGUAAGAUCAAAAGUUAGACACGACUCUGGUGCUGUGCGAGCUUCUAACCAGUCAGCCAAAGAUGGUCCCAACCUUCUUUCCCACUUUUGUAUGUCCCUGGCUCAUAGAAUUUUCUCGGCCAAGGUCCUCAUAGAGCUGGAAAAAGUGGUUUCUGGGGUUCCUUAUCUUCAAUUAAUGUCUCAUCCCGCUUGGCAUUCUCGCACAUCGUCAUGGACGCUUUCUAUGAAGAUUCCACCGUCUAUUCCUAAUUCGAACCGAACGAGCACGCCGGAUGUCUAUCCCCUGAAGCACAGUAUACCAGCUUUUCGAACAAAAGUGGUUGUUACUGAUAACUCCAUAAAAGUGGAAGGGGAAGGUGCUCCGAAUGUUGUUGGGUUGUUCAAGGGGGCCUCCGAGGACAUAUCGUCAAUUAACAGAUAUGAUUGUGACUUGGCGGAUCUCGCUGUAAUUAUUCUGCAGCAGGUUGCUAGCCAAGUAAUCCGGUGGCUUCAUGAGGAGGCUCUUAAGGUUGGGAUAAAGGUGACGAGGGACUUCUUGUGCAUUUCCUUCGAGCUCGAGCAAGGGGAGACACUGAGUCUAGUGGCCCAUGUGGACCCUGACAAUCCCGAGGGCUGCAUCUCGUGGUGGCUAGUGGUGGAUGAUGGCUUCUCGGAAGAGCGAAAGCUCCACUCUGACUUCUAUGAUGGCGGGUCCGAGUACAGGAAGUUCCUGGGGUAUUUGUCCCUAGACGUCUUAUAUUCAACGCUUAUGGAUUUGGUCACCCUGUGCAAUGGAAGUGCUGCUCAUUAGAGAACCUCUUCAUGUUGGUUUUUUAGCCUCCAAGGUUACACUGUUACUUUAUGUUUUGAGAUCUCAUAAUACUGUGAUGUAGUUUGUGGUUAUAGCUGAUGGACCAGCUCAUGGUCAAGACCCGUUGAGGCAUUUGAUAGCUGUAAAUUAAAUAGAAGUCUCUUAUGAGUUGUCAUUUCAUUCGGAAUAUUAUUUUCCCAUAAGAAAGUCCUUUUCGCUCUCU